CUUUUCUGUAUUUAUUAUUAUUAUUAUUAUUAUUAAUAAUAAUUAUAUCAACUGCUCAAUGUGCAACAGUAUUUUAUUUGUUAUUGUCUAUGAAAUGAAAACAGAUGAUGUGGUAGUGCUUCCUGGGGAAGUGGGGACACUCUCGCAUAUUAAUUUCACCACAAAAGGCCCAGUAGUAUUUGCUUGACUUCAGACAGUAAUGAAACUCAUGAAAUAAAUAAGUGUUCCUUAUUCCUUCCUCCACCUAUAUUUAUAAAAGUAGUGAAAGUCAUACAGGUGUAGUAAGUUAUUUUCUGUUAGACGGUGUAGUAGUCAGCUGUCACUAAAACAAACAUCUAGUAUACAGCCUGAGUGUAAACUUACUUUCUCUUUCAGUUGUUGCUUGUAGAAUUAUUAUAUAAUAUAUAAUAUCAAGUUAGACAAAGACACAAAUAUAUAAAUGAAUAAUAGUACACUUUAAAAAGUUUAACUUUCCUCAAAAGGAUCCUGAUUUGGUAAACUUAGAUCAAGAAACAUACUUAUACGGUUAAGCUUCUUAUAAUUAAAAGUAUGCUUUAUAUAUAUAUAUAUAUAUAUAUAUUUUCUAUCUUGAGUGGGCUCUAUGAUAGAAGAGGAGGAUGUGAAUCUCUUUGAGAUCAUAUAGUUCUCUCUAUAUACAAGAUUAAUCUCCUAUCUGCCAUAAAAUAAAGAAAAAGAAGAAUCUCCAACCUCUCCUGAGAUGAUGAAGUGAAACUAUAAAACAUCUUCAUUAAGAGGCCACAAACUAUUAUUUAUUUAAUAUGAAGUAGGAUUAUUUUUUUUUAAUAUUGAUAAUUAUUUAUUGUUAUUAAUGAGGUUUCACACAGCUCCACAGAAAGUAUUACAUAAAAACUAAUGUUUAUUAUCUUUAUCUUUAUAGUAAGUCAUUCAUAAACCAGCCAGCAGGGGGCGCUGGUGCACAACGAUACACGGCCUCGUAAAUUGCGCUUUAGGAUCAAUAGAUUCGUGACAAUCUGCUUUGUACGUGGAAAAAUAGCAACUAAAAAAUAUAUAUAUACACACUUUGAUGAUUUAUUAAUCUUUCAAACACAGACUUUAGCGGUUCUGAUGCACAAUAAAAAAUAAAAAGCUGUCGCGAAAGUGCUGUUUAGUGUCCGGCCGCCUCCCUCCGCUGCAGUCAGCUGACCGACCCAAACAGGAGGAGAAGGCUCUCUGCAACAGGAAACGCCACCAUUCAUACCCCCAGCUUCCAACCGAAACGUGAGCGAACAGGGAGCUGACUAACUCUACAUCCAGCUUCAGUAACAGGACAAACGUGGCUGACAUGUAACAGGGAUUUAGCUGCAGCCAUGAAGAAGAACAAAGGCAAAGCGAACACUACUGCUGAGAAGGAGUUUGUCUUUGAGUUCAAGGCAGGGAAACACAAUUGUGUCCUCAAAGUGCCUCUGCAGUUUCCUGUUCAAGAGAACAUCAGUGACCUUCAUGGACGCCUGAUGCUGCUACAUAAAAUACCCUGCUACAUAGAACAUGAGCUGAAAACCUCGCUUUCCACCUUCAUCGAGAACGAGACCAUCCUGGAUUAUGACAGAGAGGCAGAGCUGGCCCUGCAGAGACUCACAACGGGAGAUGUGGAUGUAAACCAGCUCACGAACGCAUGGACCCGGUCUUAUGUGGAGACCACACUGGAGCACGCUCGGCCCGAAGAGCCCAGUUGGGAUGAGGACUUUGCCGAUGUUUACCAUGAGCUGAUCCACUCCCCUGCCUCUGAUACCCUUCUCAACCUGGAGCACAACUACUUUGUUAGCAUCUCCGAGCUCAUCAGUGAGAGAGACAUGGAGAUUAAGAAGCUGCAGGAGAGGCAAGCAGCUGAAAUGGACAAAGUGAUGCAUGAGCUGGGGAACACUUUGAGUGACCAUGACGUAAAUGCAGUUGCCUCGCAACACUUUGACGCACAGCAGGUAUUGGAGAACAAGUGGGCCAGUGAGCUGAAGCAAGUUACAGACAUUCAAAAGCAGGAGUAUCAGGAGUGGGUCAUCAAACUGCACCAGGACCUGCAGAAGUCCAACAACAGCAGCCAAAUUAAUGAGGAGAUUAAAGUGCAGCCCAGCCAGCUGUCGGAGCCCGCAGACUCUGGGGCCAGGAUGUUUGAGGAGCAGCCUCAGCUGGAGGAGAGUUUCACCAUACACUUAGGAGCACAGCUGAAGACGAUGCACAACCUGCGGCUGGUCCGGGCAGACGUGCUGGACUUCUGUAAGCACCGGCGGCACGGCAGCAGUGGAGCAAAGCUGAGGCGGCUACAGACGGCCCUUUCGCUCUACUCGUCCUCACUCUGCGGUCUGGUGUUGUUGGUCGACAACAGGGUCAACUCCUACAGUGGCAUCAAGAGAGACUUUGCAACUGUGGCGAAGGAGUGUACAGACUUCCACUUUCCCUGUCUGGAGGGGCAGCUGGAGGAGGUGCAGCAGGUGGUGCUCUAUGCCCGAGCCCAGCGGAGCAGCAAGCAGAAAGAACAACCUGAGAUUCCAAGGAAUGGCGGUGAUGAUAAGAACAAAAAUGUGGAAAGAAAUCCAUCCAAUAUCUUACCAGGUGAGUUUUACAUCUCGCGCCACUCCAACCUGUCAGAGGUCCAUUCUGUCUUCCACCUGUGCGUGGACGACAACGUGCGGUCGGGGAACAUCACGGCCCGGGACCCGGCCAUCAUGGGCUUGAGGAACAUCCUGAAAGUCUGCUGCACACAUGACAUCACCACCGUCACCGUACCGCUGCUGCUGGUCCACGACAUGUCGGAGGAGAUGACCAUACCGUGGUGUCUUAAGAGAGCCGAGCUGGUUUUCAAAUGUGUCAAAGGCUUCAUGAUGGAGAUGGCCUCCUGGGAUGGAGGUAUAUCACGCACUGUCCAGUUUCUAGUGCCAAAGAGUAUCUCAGAGGAGAUGUUCUACCAGUUGAGCAAUAUGCUGCCUCAGAUCUUCCGUGUCUCCUCCACCCUAACACUCACCUCAAAGCACUGACGGAUCGAGACGCACCACAUCUCAUCCUCCAGACAUUCAGACUAACGGAGACACGUUUAUUCUAAAAGCAGUUAUAUUUCUUGUUUUUCUUAUCAGGACCAGUAACAUGGUGGCAUUACAGCACUUACAAAGAGUAUUUUAAAUGAGAAGAGACAUUUUUAUGCAACUGGUGAGACAUUUUUUUUAUUUUUUGCACCUUCAAAAAGCUACACACGCUGUAAAUGCUUCUUACUGAAAGAGGCCUGGAGUCAGCCGCUCACCAAAGCAGCUGCUACGAUUAUCAUUUCAAGCCCCCGGGGUGCGGUUCUGGUGACAGAGUUUUAUGACAUCAUGACAUCAGCCGCCAGCGUUUGCAAGUAUUCCUUUAAAGCUUGCAAUCUCGUUCGAGCUACAGCAUAACGGAGAAAGGGGUGUUGGUGAAGUUGUUUUAACUCGCUGGUACGACCGAGCGGAUGAAGAAAUGUGAAAACCACAGUAUUGUUUACAAAAAUUAUGAAUGCUACCAAGGCAAAUUCCUUGUAUUAGAAAAUUUUAUUGGCAAUAAAACUGUUCCUGAUUCUGAUUCACCACACAUAACCAUACAGAUGGAUAUAAUAACAGUGUAUUGAUCAUAAAAACCCAUCAGAGAGCUCAGCUGCGGAUCAAAUUGUGUAGUUUUAAUGUGCAGUAUAAGGCCCCUGUCGACAUUUCAUCUGUUGAAUGUUCACAAGUUAGUCUUGAUGUAUAACCACACAGUUCAGUCAUCACAUGAGAUUAAGCAGUCUAAGCCCAUGCGUCAUUGGCUUCAUAUUCGGAGGCUGAUUUGUCCAGAGAGAAGUGGCAUAAACUUGGCUCUUCUAGCCCUAAAGACAAACGGCGUUGCUGCUGACAUGAGCAGCGUGCAGGUGUUUUUUUAUGCUGCAUUGCAGUGAGUUGUAGCGAGGAUCACUCUUCCUGUGAGUGUGAGUGUGUGUGUGUGUGGACACACGUGUGCGGUCCCUCCCCUCUACCUCUGUAACAGCAGAUGGCACUGUUCUUAAAGACAAAGAUGUGAAAAGGGUGACCAGACACACUUCUCUAAAGCCUGCUGAAAUUCAUCUCAAGACAUUUUGGUCCACGUUCAUCACAAACGUUCAGCCUCCGUGGUCUCGUAUCUUCAGUGGUAACUACUCAUGUAUUCUGUGUAUGUACUGUAUGUGUUUACAUUUUUAUGUUUUAAUAAAAACAUCACAGUCACCCCUACUAA